AAAACAAGAAAAUUUCAAAAAAAAAACAAAAAUAAAAAAUAAAUAUGAAUUAUCCAUUAAUAUUUUCAUCAAUAGUUGAUAUUGGUUCGAAUGUACAAUUGGCUAAAGGUACCGGUGUAUCAUGUGUUACAUUUGAUAAUGAACAAGAAAUUUUAUGGACUGGUAAUUAUUCUGGCCAUAUAACUAGUUUUGUACCGAAUCCAAAUAAUAGUCUUAAUAAAUAUACAUCAUUCCAUGUUGAUUAUGAAAGUGAUGUCAGACAAAUUGUCACCUGUAAAGAGGGAAUAUUUUCAUUAACAAAAAAUGCUAUACGUUUAUCAAAACGUCGUGGUAUUACAAAAUUUACACAUAAAAAUGAAUAUCUAAUGAAAGAUUUACAAUGUAUGUUAUUAUUAAAAAAUCAAUUAUUGAUGGCCGGUAAUCAGGAAAAAUUAAUCGAAUUGGAUAUUGAAACGGUAAAACCAACACGUACAAUUGAUAUAAUGGAAAAUAAUUUUGGUGGUGUUGCUGAUGAUGAUAUAAGAGGCAUACAAAAUUGUUAUCAUAUGAAAGGUCAUCCACGUUUUAUUUGUAUGGCCGAUUGUGAUGGAAAGAUUGUAUUGCGUGAUUCGGAUCAAUUACGAAUACAACAUCAAUUUAAAUCGGCUGCACCAAUAUCAGCUAUUGAUGCAUGUGGAAAUUAUCUUGUUACUAUUUCACCAUAUUCACAGCUUAUGAUGAUUUAUGAUUUACGACAAACAAAAUUAGCAUCAGUUACACAGGUAUAUCAACCAUCGCAUAUCAAAUUUUUAUCACGUUUUACAACGAAAUGUUGUAUUGUAUCAAGAAAUGGUCGUUUUUCAAUCGUUGAUCUUGCCAAUCCAUCAACAAUCAAUCCAAUUAAUGACGUUCAAAUGCCAUCAUAUGAUUCUCAGGUGACAGCAUUCGAUAUUUCGGCUACAGAUCAAGCAUUUGCAUUUGGUGACAAUCAAAAUUGUGUUUAUAUACAUGGUACAUGUGAAAAAUUUGAUAUUAAUACUAAUCGUAGACAACCAGAAUUUGCUGAUCCAAUAAUGCCAACACCAUAUUAUUCAUUAAUGACUGAUCAUUAUACACCAAUAUCGGAAAUAUCACCAUUUCCUUAUUUUGUUUUACCUACAAUGGUUGAUUAUAAUCAAUUAGUAUCAUAUAUGCCAACACAACAAUGUUUACGUGUUUAUCGUCCAGUACCACCAAUUGGACCAGAUAUAUUACGAACAAUGCGUGUUGUUGGUAAUAUUGGUUAUGUUGUUAAUUCACCUGGAAAAAUACCAACAGCAGUUGGUAAUAGUAGUUAUUCAAUAAAUAAUGGAAAUGGUUCAAUAAGAAGUAGUCCUGAAGGAAAUGAAUUCGGUACUGAUCAGAUGCCACAUCGUUAUCAUUUUCUUGAACCUAAUCAUAAUAAAGUUGAUAAAGAUGAAUAUGAUUUUUCACGCUAUAAUAGUUCACCAUUUCCUGGAUUAGAUUCAACAAUACCUAAUUCAUAUGCAAAUAAUAUGAUUCAAUGUCUUUAUUUUAUACCGGCAUUUCGUUCAUCGGUCAUUAAUCAUAUUUGUAAUCGUGAAUAUUGUCUAGUUUGUGAACUUGGAUUUUUAUUUCAUAUGUUAGAUAUUGCACCUAAACAUAAUCCGUGCCAAGCAAGUAAUUUUUUUCGUGCUUUUCGUACAAUACCCGAAGUUUGUGCCUUUAAAUUAAUUUUACCAGAGGAAGAAUCAUUACGAAAGCAAUUUAAUUUUUUUAAACUCACACAACAAUGGUUACGAUUCCUAUUACAUCAAUUACAUCGUGAAUCAUUACAAUCAACAAACAACAAUAAUAAUAAUCAUAAUAAUAUGAGUUUGGGUAAUAAUUCAUCAAAUGGUAACCACCACCAUCAUUAUCAUAAUAAAGGUUUAUAUCCGUAUCCCCAACAACAACAACAACAACAACAACAGCAUAUGGUCGAAUCACAAGUAGAAAAUUUAAAAAAUUCAUUUGUCACAGAAAAUUUUUCGCUCCAAUUAACUCGACAUUUUCUAUGUACCAAAUGUCAACAUCAAUGGAAAAGUCCAUAUAUUUCAUUUCCUGUAACGCUUAAUUAUCCAAUGAAUAUACAUCAUCAUAGUGGUAAUGGUAGUGGUGGUGGUCAUUCAACGAUAUCGAAUAUUAAUGUUAAUUAUGUUGGUCAACGUGAAUCUAAUCAUGAUAUUGAAUUUAAUGGUAAUAAUCAUCAUGUACAACAACAAUCAUUUGUUAGUUUUUCCGAAUUAUUACUUAGUUCAAUUCAUACGGAACAAACUAUACAGGAAUUUUGUGAAAAUUGUCAAAAACUACAUAAUAAUAUUAUUGAACGACGAUUAAUGUCAAAAUUGCCACCAAUUUUUGCCAUUAACACUGGUUUAGAUAAUAAAAAUGCACAUAAAUUCUGGCAAACACAAACAGAACGUUUUACAAAGAUUAUGGCAAAUAAAAAGGAAAAAUAUGUUGUAACAAAUCUAUCAGAUUUGGAUAGAAUGAAACAGAUGAAAAAUAAUUCAUCGAAUAAUAAUAGCCAAGGAAUGGUUUCAAGUGUCAGUUCAACGAAUAAUCAAAUGCCUUGUCGAUAUGGAAAAUUUUGUAAACGUUUUGAUUGUAAAUUUUAUCAUUCACAUCGUGGUGAUGAUGAUGAUAAUAAUAAUGAAUAUGGAAAUGAUUUUUAUUCAUGGAUACCGAUGUCAAUUUUUAUAUCGAAAAAUUCAGGAACAGAUUCAGAAUCAUCUACUAUACAGAUAAAAGAUGAUUAUAGUGAUUGGAAUAAUGAUAAUAAAAAUAAUUAUAUUGAAUAUUCAUUGGUUAGUGUUACAUCGGUAGUAAAAUCAUCGGAAGAAACAUUUGGAAAUAUUGUCAGUGCUAUUAAAAUUGAUAAAUCAUAUUUUGAUGCACGACGUAAACAAUUGGCUAAAAAAAUUCGACGAUAUCAAAAUCGUUAUGUCGGUGGUCAACAACAACAAACAUUUCAAAAAACUAAAAAUAAUAAUGAAGAUAAUGAUGAUGAUAGUGAUUUAUCCGAAAAUGAAGAACUUGAUUCAAUUAUUAUUGAUGAUAAUGAAAUGUUUACUAUUGAUAGCCGAAAUACAGGAAUGGAAAUUGAAAGUUUACCACGUUAUGAUUCAAAAAUGGAUUGGUAUCUAUUCAAUCAUUAUCUAAUUAAUCCAAUUAGUAAUGAAGAAGUUGUUUCUACUGAUCUUACAUGGAAAGUACCAACCAUAUUAAUGUAUAUGAAAAAUGAUGUUAUGAAAAAUUAUAUGCAUAAUAAAUUAUUACGUCAUGCAAAAAAUAUGAUCAGCACAAAUGUUUUCAAUCAAGGUUUAUCAAUAUCGCAAAAAAUUCCAUUAAAAUCGAUCUCAUUUUUGCCAUUAGAUUUGGAUAUGGAACAACCGAAAAAAGGUGAUAUUGUUGCUAUGGAUGCUGAAUUUGUUAUGCUUAAUCAUGAAGAAACAGAAUUACGAUCCGAUGGUACUAGAGCCACUAUACGACCAUCACAUAAAUCGGUUGCAAGAAUUUCCUGUGUAAGAGGAUCUGGUCAAAUGCAAGGUGUUCCAUUCAUUGAUGAUUAUAUAUCUACACAGGAUCAGGUUGCUGAUUAUAUGACAAAAUUUUCAGGAAUACAACCUGGUGAUCUCGAUGCAGCUUUGUCAUCCAAACAUUUGACAACAUUAAAAUCAACUUAUUUGAAACUUCGAUUUUUAAUUGAUAAUGGUGUUAUUUUUGUUGGACAUGGUUUACGUAAUGAUUUUCGUGUUAUUAAUUUGGUUGUACCACCUGAACAGGUUAUCGAUACUGUUUAUCUAUUUCAAUCACCUAAUUCAAAACGAAUGGUCUCAUUAAGAUUUUUAGCAUGGCAUUUUCUUAAUCUAAAUAUACAAAGUGAAACACAUGAUUCGAUUGAAGAUGCUAAAACAGCAUUAGCAUUAUAUCAUAAAUAUAAAGAAUUAGAAAUGAAUAGCUGUUCAAAAGAAGCGAUCGAAAAUCUUUAUCAAAUUGCUCAUAGUAAAAGUCCCGGUAAAUUAAUUUUAUCCGGUGAACAUUCUACUGUUUAUGGAAAGAAUUCCGUGGCCACCACUGUCAAUCUGUAUACUGAAUGCCAAAUUUUUGCCAUAAACAAUGAACAAAUCAUUCAAUUAAAUCUUAUUAAUCUUGAUUAUCAGAAAAUAUGGCCAUUUGAAUUGUUGAAAAAUUCAUCUCGAUUGAUUAAUAGUAUCGAUGAUUUUCGUUUCGAUGGUGAAGAAUCAUUAAUGAAAAUCGAUCAAUUCAGAAAUGAAUUACAAUCUGAACCGGCAAAUAUAAUGAAUUCAUGUUUGGUUUUUUUGUUUCUCUAUCUCAGUAUUGGUGAUUUAUCCGAACGUAAAAGUAUUAAAAUUGAAAUCAAAAGCAAUCUACCAAAUGGUGCUGGUCUUGGUUCAUCAUCAGCUUACAUUGUAUCAUUGGCUGAAGCAUUAUUUACAGCAUUCAAAGUAACGAUCGAUAAAAAAGAAUUUAAUCGUUGGUGUUGGGAAAUGGAUAAAUUGUUUCAUGGAAAACCAUCCGGUGUUGAUAAUUCAAUCUGUACAUAUGGUGGAGCAAUAUUAUUUCGAAAUGGACAACUUAUCGAACAAAUUGAUCAUGAAAAUCUACCAGAAUUAAAGGUAAUAUUGGUUAAUACACAAGUGCCUCGUAAUACAAAAAAUUUAGUUGAAAAAUGUCGACAACGAUUAACAAUUUUUAAUGAUAUUGGUAAUCAAUUACUUGAAUUAUUGAAUUCAGUUUCACAACAAGUUUGGUUUACAUUGAAACAAGAUCAAUCGAAUCUUAAUCAAUUAUCAACAUUAUUCGAAAUGAAUCAACAUUUAUUGAAUUGUCUUAAUGUUGGUCAUGAAAAAAUUGAUGAAAUUGUUGCCAUUGCUAAACGACAUGAUUUAAGUGCAAAAUUAACUGGUGCCGGUGGUGGUGGUGUUGUUAUGAUUUAUCUUAACAAUGAUACAAAGCAAGAAUCGUUACUAAAACAAUUACAUUCCAAUGGUUUUGUUACAUAUCAAGUUAAACUUGGUGUUUCCGGAGUACAUACAGUUAAUUGAUUCUCUACAAAUUUUUAUCUGAUUUUUUAUUUUUCUUUUUUGAAUUUUUUAAAACAAAACAAAACAAAAAAAAAAUUGAAUAAAAAU